UCGCUUUUGAAUGAAGGUGAGACGACUAGUCAGUUUCUUGACCAGUCGUUAGUGAAAUGAGCACAACAUAUCAACGUCCUGCAUUUUGGCGCGUGCCGGACUACGUACAUGAUGAGGAGAUAUUUCAACGUUACGCCGGUGGUCGCAGGAAAAGUUCACUCAUCUCCAGUUCCAGACGUCGUAGUAGUGUCAAAAAGCAUGUACAUUUUAUAGAUGAUCCACCGAAUGUGAAUAAUUAUACACCGUUACCGUUAUCGCCUCCGAUUCCGGUGCCCAAGAAGGUACAAAUGGGCAGUCCUGCUUAUGGAGAAGUGCUACGCGGCGACAUCAUCGCCAAGAUACGUGACUAUGAUGCUCGUGAUGUUACCCACGCCGAUGCCGAAACACUCUUCCGCAGAGCGGGCAAUGAAAUCAAAAUCGUUGUACAUCGUGACAGUAAAAUAGCAUACACACAAGGACUUGGCAGCGAUCCAUCUAGAGCUGGCUUAGGUCCAUCACCAGUAAAUAGCAAUAGCCCAGAUCUGACUAAUGCCAAUGUGCCACACAGAGGUCCUUCACCAUUUUUGCCUGGACCCGGUCAUUAUGAGCGAGCUUUGCAACUGCCCGUUGAUUCAUUGCCGCAAACAGUAUUUCCGAAACUGAACGCUUCGGGCGGUUAUGUGGCACCGCCGGCACAACGUGAGAGUGGUUGUUUUAGCCCCAUGCCAACACGUGAUCAUCAACAAGAUGUUGCCGAGGAACAAGCGGCCAUUGUGAAUCAACCCUACCGAACAACUCCAUUGGUGCUUCCCGGUGCCAAAGUAAAGAAGGAUGCUCCAACCACAGAAUCAUAUUUGAGGUAUCACCCAAAUCCAGCUGUGCGCGCUCAUCCCGGCCACGAUUUCCAUGACAGUGUGAUGAAGCAACGCGUUGCUGAUACCAUGUUGCACAAGGUUGUCGGUCAUGAUGCCGAUACUGGCAGGGUAUUCCAUAAACAAUUUAACUCUCCAAUUGGCCUGUACUCAGACAGCAACAUUGAGAAUACCAUCAGACAAACAGUUCCAAUUUUCAUCGAUCUAUCUUUCCUGGAACAUAAACGAAAAAUACUGGAGCAACAAAAACUUAGAGAACUGAAAGAGCAGCAAGAACAGCGGACACGUCAUUUGCAAUAAAAACAACUAACGAAAAAUUCAAGAAUUUUGAACCAAAACGGAAAUAAAAUCGGAUGAAAUCAAACAGACACCAAAAUAUAAUACAAAAAUGAGAAGAGUAUAUAAUUUGGACAUUAAAUUUACAACGAUGCAAAUUUAAAUCACUGUGUGACCUAAAGAAAGGAAAAUAGAAUUUUUUUCAACUUAAAACUUUGUGCGUACAAACUAAAAGCUGAAGUUUUCCUAGAAACUGAGAGUUUUUUUUACUAAUAACAUAAAAAAAUAUUUAUAUAUAUAAAGUUAAUUGCCAUGAUUGAUUAAUUGGUUUUAUUUUUUUUUUACAAUGCUCUUUAAAUUGGCAUGUGGUAUUCAAGUAAGUUUUACAAAAUGUGAGGUUAUAAACAAAACAAAAAAAAAUUGAAUUGGUUCAAAGAAUUGUAUAGAAACUUUUAUUUUUUUUGUUCAAUUGGCCUGUGAUAUAUUUUAGGGUAAUAAUAAAUUAACGAAAUAUUUAUUGGAAACAUUCAAAAGAAAUCUAAAACUAUCAACACUAAAACUCAUGUUUUUACUCGUAUCAUGCUAAAACAUACAUAUAAUAAGUAUUUUAAGAGUCUAAAUUGGAAUUUUCAAAAUUAAAUGAAUGCAUUAUUUACCUUCAAAAUUAUAAUUAUCAUUCACUGGUGCACAACUCAUCAAUUUUAAUGCGUAUCUCUCAUGUUCGAUUCACUAUCGGGUGCUUUUCCAUUGGUUUACUGCCUUGCAGAGCAGAGAGCAAAGCUUAAGCACUUAUUCAUGCUACAAGACUUAUAACGACAUACAUGUAUACAUGUGUAUGUAUUAAUACAUACAUACUUGAAUUUUUUUAAAACAAUUUUAAGCACAAUUUUAAAAUGAAUACAUAGAAACUGUGUUAACCCAAGGGUAAUGCUAUUGUAGUUUUGUUUGACUAACGGUUUUUUGCAUAGAAUUGCUUGAAAUGUAUAAUAAUAGUUUAGUACUUAGGAGUUGCUGCUGCAUAUGUAAAUACAUACAUAUAUACAUAUAUCGAUGACAUUACAUAAUCUAUCAUUAAAACAUAUACAUAUAUAUACGCACACAUAUAUAUAUAUAUAUAUAUAUAAAGUUGCAUCUUUCGUUAAAAUAUAUACAUAUAUAUUUACUUAAGUACAUUGCUCAAGCAAACAUACUUACCUACAUACAUACAUACAUACAUAUGUAUACAUCCACAUUAACUAAACUCAUUACUGAAAGAAAAUAUUAAUGAAAACAUAAUUAUUAAAAUGUUUGCAAAAUUUUAAUGACUUAUUAAUUCUAACGUUUUGUGCACAUCCUGUUUUUUCUUUCUCUCUCUCACACACAAACACAUACACAAAUUCUCUACGCAACUGCAAUGUCAAAAAAAAAAUUAAAUAAAUAAAUAAAUGUACAUACAUAUAUGUAUGUGAAAUCUAUAUCGUAUAUGCAAAAUUAAAAUUCCUACUUAAUUCGCAAUGAUUGAAACUGAACUUAAACUAACAUUGGAAACAACAAAAAUUUUUAUGCAAAACAAAAAAAAAAAAA